UUCUGCACUUUUGCUUAUGUACAGUUUACCUAAUUGAUGCAGAUGUCAAAUCAUAACAAUCUGACACAUGUUUAAUUUGCUAUUUUCAGGUCGAACGAUUAACUACUGAUUUGUAGCGAUGUCAGAGGUAUACUACUCCAACGGGACCCUCACUGAUCCUAUGCGGUAUAAUUUUACCAGAAUAUCUGACGUCAUAUGUAGGUAUGAAUAUCCGUAUGAGCCCGUGAGUACUACGUCAGUCGCAAUCAUAUGUAUGUUGGCUGUGUUCAGUGUAAUAGGCACUGUCGGUAAUGUCCUUGUUAUUUACGUUUAUGCCCAGAGGAAGGAUCACUUGACAUCGUCUGUGUUCAUUUUGGCUUUGGCGGGAACAGACUUCAUCACAUGCCUGAUAGUCAUACCCUACACCAUUGUGGCUAUUUACGAGAAUUAUGUGCUUCGUUUUGACGCCGUGUGUAAAUUUUACAAUUUUCUGAUCACGUCCAACGUGCCCCUGUCCGCGUUCAUCAUGGUGGCCAUAGCUGUGGACCGUUACAUCUGUAUAUGUCACCCGUUCGUCCACAUUCUCACUGUUCCGCGUGCUAAAACAAUUGUUUCCCUUCUCGGAGCGUUUGCAUGUGUCCUUGGUCUGAUCACGGCUCUGAAUUAUGACGUAUACCAGACGUUUGAGGACAUUGCAGCUCACAUGUCCAACAAGUCCAGUCUGAAUCAAUGUGAGAUGAUCUAUACUGGAGUGUGUCAGCCCUCCAGUAAGAUCAUUCACCAGUCCUUCCGUGCGGCCUAUCAGAAAGUCUACGCCUCUUUCUUUCUGAUAUCCGUGUUGCUUGUCAUUGGUUUGUAUUCUUUCAUAUACAAAUCGGUGAUAUCGCGCAGGGCCAAACGACAGAAGCAGAAACGGAAAAAACAAUUUUCAACUACCAUGGUCCAGACGGAUGAAACGGCAAACAGCGUAAAUCACAACACAACAACAACUACAUCGUCUACUACAGCUACUACAGUUGAUAUGAAUGUGGAAAUCAAGGAAAAUGGUACGAAAACUGUGACACACAAACUCAACAAUGGCGAGACUGUACCAUUGAAAUCGGCGCCACCUAAAAACACUCUGAAGGAGAAGAAAGACCAUAUCUUACUGGCCAAUAUCAAAAUGGCGAUCAUGCUUUGUAUUGUGACAGUAGUAUUUAUUAUAGCGUUUCUGCCUGCAUGGCUAAUGGCCUUGGGAUUGAUAGACUACAAUGAGUUUGGUUUUUAUAUAUAUUUCAUUUACAAUGUGGCAAAUCCUGUCAUAUACGCUUUUAUGAAUCCAACGUUCAGAAACGACCUUUUAAAACUGCACACAUGUUGUAAAGGCAGAUAAAAUAGGUUAGGUACGCCGACAAACUUUUGGUAUAUGUGAAAGAUCAGUUUGUCAAAAUCGUCCGAGAAAAGGGGAAUAAAUACCUAUAACUGGCUUACUAGUGUAUAUCUGUGACCGAUCUAGAACCAAACUUAGACCGGUUAACAGUCAACAACAUCAAGGCGAAAGAUCGGAAACCUUAUCUAACGUUAAGGCUGGGGAUAUGACACUGGGUAUAACGUUCAGACCGAGGAUAUGACACUGGGUAUAACAUUCAGACCGAGGAUAUGACACUGGGUAUAACGUUCAGACGGAGGAUAUGACACUGGGUAUAACGUUAAGGUUGAGGAUAUGACAAUAGGUAUAACGUGAAGACGGAGGAUAUGACACUCGGUAUAACGUUAAGACGGAAGAUAUGCCACUGGGUAUAACGUAAAGAUGAAGGAUAUGAUACUGGUAUAACGUUAGUGUGGUGGAUAUGACACUGGUUAUAACGUUAAGACGCAGGAUAUGACACUGGGUAUAACGUUAGGGUGGAGGAUAUGACACUGGGUAUAACGUUAAGGUGGAGGAUAUGACACUGGGUAUAACGUUAAGGUGGAGGAUAUGACACUGGGUAUAACGUUAAGGUGGAGGAUAUAACACUGGGUAUAACGUUAGUGCUGAGGAUAUGACACUGGGUAUAACGUUAAGGUGGAGGAUAUGACACUGGGUAUAACGUUAAGGUGGAGGAUAUGACACUGGGUAUAACGUUAAGACGUAAGAUAUGACACUGGGUAUAACGUUAAGGUUGAGGAUAUGACACUCGGUAUAACGUUAAGGUUGAGGAUAUGACAAUAGGUAUAACGUUAAGACGGAUGAUGUGACACUGGGUAUAACGUUAAGGUGGAGGAUAUAACACUGGGUAUAACGUUAAGGUGGAGGAUAUAACACUGGGUAUAACGUUAGUGCUGAGGAUAUGACACUGGGUAUAACGUUAGGGUGGAGGAUAUGACACUGGGUAUAACGUUAAGGUGGAGGAUAUAACACUGGGUAUAACGUUAGUGCUGAGGAUAUGACACUGGGUAUAACGUUAAGGUGGAGGAUAUGACACUGGGUAUAACGUUAAGGUGGAGGAUAUAACACUGGGUAUAACGUUAGUGCUGAGGAUAUGACACUGGGUAUAACGUUAAGGUGGAGGAUAUGACACUGGGUAUAACGUUCAGGUGGAGGAUAUAACACUGGGUAUAACGUUAAGGUGGAGGAUAUGACACUGGGUAUAACGUUAAGGUGGAGGAUAUGACACUGGGUAUAACGUUAAGGUGGAGGAUAUAACACUGGGUAUAACGUUAAGGUGGAGGAUAUGACACUGGGUAUAACGUUAAGGUGGAGGAUAUGACACUCGGUAUAAC